CAUUGGUCGAAACACAUUCGAGACAGGCAUUCGCUCCAAUCAUCAACUUACGUACAAAGCAACGAGAGUAUUCUCACUUUGCCUUGGAGUGGAAUCGUUGAGUUGGUUCUGCGGUCAUCAGAUCCACAUACUUGUCCCAGGCACCACCAUGUCGCUGAAAGUAGCUGUACCAAAUGUUAAAGCCCAGGAAGAAGCCGAAGAGGAGGAAGAGCAGGAGCUAGUAGAUCCUCAACAGUCACUAAAGGAACAGUGUGGAGAAGAGAAGAAAUGUGCUGCAAUGUAUGAGAGAUAUCAAGCUUGCAAUGAUAGAGUAAAUUCAAGAAGUAAAACGACGGAGACUUGCACUGAAGAACUGUUCGAUUACCUUCAUUGUGUGGAUGUCUGUGUCAGCAAACAGUUAUUUAAAUUCCUUAAAUGAGAAUUCCUGAGGAAGAAUGUAAUUAAAUUUCUGCUGUAGAGCAUUGUGUAUAGUGAAGCAUCUACUGGCUUCUGUACAAAUAUAGAAAUAAAAGUGUACAUAUUGGUGCCAAGGCUAA